AUGGGUAUUCCACAUCUCAUUUCGACGCUUGAGCCGUAUGUACAGCACGUGGCGCUCAAGGAUGUAGACGUGGUGGUGGAUGGGCCUGGUCUUGCGCAUCAUAUCCUGCAUGUGUGCCGCAUCAAUGGCGUCGACCACCCUUCCUAUAAGUUAUUGGGUGCAACAGCUGCGGCGUGGCUUGAUAAUCUAGCUUCCCAGAACACAGUCAUAAAGAUGAUCUACUUUGAUGGAUAUUUGCCAAAGAGCAAACUACCAAUUCGGAUGCAAAGGGCUGUUAAAAGCACAUCCCAACUAUCUUCCUUUCGCGGCUACAAUAUCCGUGGCUGUCCAAGAUGUCAUGUCACCGAAUCUGUCGCGACCGCCUCGAUAGAUGCAUUCAAGAAUGGCAGGCCCGAGACCAAGCCGCUCGAGGCCCCGAGCUUCCUAGUACCUGCAGUGAUCGAGGCGCUGUUGCUCUUACAGAGAUACAAGUCGAUUGUCGAAAUCGUUCCUGGCGAAGCGGAUGGCUAUUGCGCGAAGGCUGCAGCGGAAGUUGGAGGCAUCGUGAUAACGUCCGAUUCUGACCUACUGGUCCACGAUCUUGGCGCCGGCAGCGUUGCACUCCUGCGAGACAUUUAUCGAGGUGACGAUGGUGUCGUACGAGCUGCGAUCUAUCAACCACGAGAAAUCCUUCGCACCCUUGGCCUCUCUAACCCUUCGGACAUUUACCGCUUUGCCUACGAGCGCUCAUGCUCCGCGCAUACCACUACUGCCAUGCUGGUACGGGCUUGUUCAGAACCUGCCAAGGAUGAGAAAGGCUACGAGGAGUUCUGUGCUCAGUAUCGAGAAGGAGAGCGAGCCGUGAUUCCAAAAUUGAAUUCGGGAGACAGCCUUGCACUGGAAGGGCUCGACCCGCGCUGGUCGGAGCUACUUCUGCAAAUGUCACCAAGCGAAACAACGGACACCUUUCGAAUGUUUCUACCGGUAUUGAUUGACAACCCCGAGAAGGGCACUGCAUGGGAAAAUAGCAGGUACAUCAGACAGUUGGCUUACUCGCUUAUGCGGAACAUGCUAUUACCCGGUAUCAACGGCCCUGUUCAUGAGUUUCGGAGGGUCCAGACACAGGAGCAGAGCGGCCGCCAAGUACUGCUACUCUCCCAACCCCCCAUCCACUUCGAAGUCGCCGACCUGGCAGAUACUUUCAAGAAACUUGCAACCCUGCUACCAGGAAAGCAAGACGCUCUCUACUGGCUGCUCGCCUAUAUCAUUCUCGAUGUUCGCGGGUCAGUGGCGGAUGGCAGAACACCGCUCGCCGUGAACAUGCUGCAGCAAGCGGACUGGCCCGAUGAAAAUGCACGUAUAAUUGACUGGAGCUUUGUUCAUCUUGUAGCCCAAUUACAAGCGGGAUACUACUCGCUGCGGAUGCUCAGGCAGCUGAUAUACGCAGGCAUGGCGGAUGCAAAAAGAGUCGCCGGCCCGUCUUUCGCAGAGCUGGCACUUGCACUGAAUAAACUGCCACUGUUGGAGGACUCGCCAGACGUGCGCAGUGUGAGCAAACUGCUCAACGCUGCUCCGGCAGCUAGGAACCGUGAGAUCUUGGCGCAUUUUGUCGAACUACCGACACAGCAAACCGAGGACAAGCGGCCAAGUAAGCAGCACAAGAAACGAAAAUCUGGCAGCGUCGUUUCAAAGAAUUCGGCGAAGUCGGCAGCAGCGGCCAACAUGUUUGGGCUGUUGCCGGUCGAAUAA